UGAUGAAGAACACCCCCCCUCACCGAGUCGUGAUGAGGUGAACCGGCGGCGAGAGAGAGAGAGAGAGAGAGGGAGAGAGAGCAUCUCCAUCAGCAGCAGCAGCACCGACCGAGACUCUCCCCUCAUCCACCGACGGACGCCCACACUUCCGGACUGGACCCUCUGGAGGCAGCUGGGUCGAGACGCAUCCGUCUCCCAGUGCUGCUUGAGAUGAGGAUAAGACGACGACGGAGCGAAGGCGACAUGCUCGUUAACUUCCAUUAAAUCUUCCCGUGGCAAAUCUGAGCUGAACUGAUCAAAUAUCGGCGGUUCAUUCGCCCAUCACUCAGAGGGGAUCCAGGCUUUGGCCACACCGUCUGUCUGUCCGCUGUCAACUGUUGCUUAUUUUCUCUGUAAAUGAAUCUUGUAAGGUUUAUGAACGGUCGUGUUCCUCCUAACAAGAGAUACCAGCCCACCGAAUAUGAGCAUGCUGCCAAUUGUGCCACCCAUGCGUUAUGGAUAAUCCCCAGCCUACUGGGCAGCACAGUGUUACACUUUCAGUCAGAGGACCAAUGGGAGCGGCUGUCAGCCUGGGUGUAUGGGGCGGGGCUCAGCUCGCUCUUCAUCAUCUCUACCCUCUUCCACACUGUGGCCUGGAAGAAGAGCCACCUACGGUCUGUGGAGCAGUGUUUUCACAUGUGUGACAGGAUGGUGAUCUAUUUCUUCAUCGCUGCCUCCUACGCCCCUUGGCUGAACCUGCGAGAGCUGGGUCCCUGGGCGUGUCACAUGCGUUGGUUGGUGUGGGUCAUGGCAUCUUUUGGAACCACCUACGUCUUCUUCUUCCAUGAGAGGUAUAAGCUCAUGGAGCUGAUCUGCUACUCAGUGAUGGGAGUUUUUCCUGCUCUUGUCAUCCUCUCAAUGCCGGAGCAGUCCGGGUUGUGUGAGCUGCUGGUCGGCGGGGCCUGCUACUGUUUGGGGAUAGUCUUCUUCAAAAGUGAUGGCAUUGUCCCAUUUGCUCACGCCAUUUGGCACAUGUUUGUAGCUAUGGGAGCAGCCAUACAUUACUACGCCAUCUGGAAGUACCUCUACGCCCAGCCACCCAAUCAGGUCCACACCUCCAGAUGACAUCAGCACCAACCUCACAAAAAGUAACUCCCGUGUUUGUGCGGCUCCGAGGAGAUGGUCCUAGCUGUGUCCGAAUUCAGGGGCUGUCUCAUCUUGAAGCUGGCGGGGGGUAAACGUGCAUUUUCUAGCAUGACAGAGACCAAAACUAAUGGUGCAUUCGUGUCACCCCCAUCAGUUCGUAAAGUCAAACUUUUCCGUGUAUAAUCAUCAAAACGUUGCCUUGAAGUGGCCAUCAAACCAGUGAAUGAAUGGGUAAUACGGGUCAGACAGCAGUGUACCAGGAUAAUGAAAAAUAUUGAUUUAGUUUAUUUGUAACACUUUCUAUUAUCCAGGCUGCCAACAAGAACAGCCACGAGCUUGGUUUAGUAUAGACCCCAUAAUAACAGUAGGCCAGUGAAGAACUUGAUAUUUUUUUUGGUGUAAAGUCCUGUGUACAUCACAACUUUCAUAGGUAGAGAAUGUUUUAUUUGCAUUUUUACUAAAGAUAGCAGCAUGUUUACACAGAGUAUUUUAAAGCAUAAAAUAAAAAGAUAAUGUGCUAAAAUAGAAUAAAAUACCAUAAUGCAAUAUGGCACAGUGCAAAACGUGAAGAAAUGGUCCUGAACAGGAAAAUUUAAGCCCUGUUUUAAUGCAAUGCAGUUGAUGCAAUUUUGGGGAUUUGCUUUGUGUUGCAUGAAAUCUGAAUGGUGCUGCCUCUCCUUGUAAGGACAGCUGCCCUGGAUAAUGACUGAUGAAGUCAAAGACAUGAGGUGCAUAUCAUCUCUGCAGUGUCUACACCUAUUCCAAAUCCACCUGUAUCAGCCUGCUAGUGGGUUACUGCGCCUUCAAUUCAGCCUGAGAGGCAAAGCAUUUUAUUCAUUGAGAUCUUCUGUCAUUAGGAUUUUGGCAGCUGGACAACCAGAGGACACUAUUUAGAAAUAUUAUAGUAAGUUGAUCGUCCCCAGUUUAAAUAAUUUCUUACGAACCAGUGACUGACUGAAGUGAAAUACCUCCUGUGAUGUGAUACCUCCUAACUUUACGAGCCGAUGAGGGCGACUGAAUGCACCAUUUAGCAGUUAACUGGCAUGUUCGGUAUACAUGAAGGAUGAAUGCAAUGAAUCUGAACCUCAAGGCGGGCUGCUCCUGAACUGGGACACUUUUUUUUUUUCCCCUUUCUGACCUCAGAUGAUUUUAGUUUUACACUUGUUACAGUAUUGUGCAGGAAUUUGGUUUCAGGGGUUAAUUGCUAUUCUUGGAGAUUUCUCUCUCUGUGGUGCACGCCCAGAUUUAGGGUACAGAAGUUGAACUGAGGGCAUUGUCUUAUUGUCAAGAGGAAGGCAAUGUUUACAAUUAGCAGAACUGACUCACAAUUAAUCUUAGUGUUAUCAUACUUAAAAGAAGGCGUGUUUAGUCUGAUUACACUUAUCAGGCAGCAACAUCAGUAAUUUACUAUUCCAAUUCAGAGCUCUAGAUAGUAUUAUUACUGUUAUUGUUAUUAGUUGUGCUAUCUACGCUGUAGUACUCUGUAUGAUUUUUAACAAUGGUUGCUUCAGUCGGUGACUUCCUGUGAUUUCCAAACAGUUUUUAACAUGACUGUAGAAUGUAGAUUUUUUUUUUAAUUUAAGUUGAACACUCAGAUAUUUGUAGUUUUAGUCUUGGAGACUUUAUCCAUGUGCUUCCACAUUUACUAGGCUCCACACAGUAGAUUAUUGAGCAUAAACACUGAAUUCUGAUAGUUUACUGUUGUUCAUUAGGUUUAGUAUGUGACGAUACAGUAUUUAUCGGAGACGUACAGUAUAUGUCGACUUCAUCUAUAUUUUCUUCUGAUGUUCGCGUAGUGUUACUUGAUCACCUUCUCGGUCUUCAUCCUAAACGAAUGGAAAACAUUUGACAGUUACUACGUGGUUGGACCUCAGAGGGGAAAACCUGAUUCAGCACUGCCAGAAGACUUACUGCCGUUAACUGAUAGCACACUACUACUGUAUAUGUAUGUUUCACACUUGAAAGGAAACUGAAGCUAUAGUAUUGUUGAACAAUCUGGCCCAAUAUGAAAGGCAUCUCAGGUGUGUGUGUGUGUGUGUGUGUGUGUGUGUGUGUGUGUGUGUGUGUGUGUGUGUGUGUGUGUGUGUGUUUGUGAGUGUGUUUAUGCCUGGAUGUAUCCUAUACUAUCUGACUACCAUGAAUCCAACGCCUCUUAACUGGCUGAGUCUAUGUUUACAUGUGAGCGCAUGUACUUUGAACACAUCAAAAUAUAUUUGAAAUAUGUAUGUAUUCUUAGCGUUACGCUGUAUGUGCUGCCACAUGGUUUGAAGGACAAAGUAGAGUGUGAUUAAUGUGGCCAGAAGAUUUAAAAAGGUCGAAGCAGCUGGUAUUUAAGGGUCCUUCAUUAUAGUUUCGCUGCCGUGUGUCAGAAAAUUUGGGCUUAAAAGUCCAUUAAAGGAGCAGUGGUGCUGCUCUGGCUGGCUGCAGCUCUGAUCAAAUCUCUGUGAAGCUGUUUUUUUGUUUUUUUAAUGCUGGCACCUUUUCAUACAGUUUCACCUGUUUACUCAAGUAGGACAGCUGGCCCAGUUUUCUGCAAGCUUUACAUAUUAUUAUAAAAUAACUAGGUAAGAGGGAGCUUUUUUGGGGGGGGCUCAGAUAGAAAAUGAUUUACAAUCUUUAUAGCUGUAAUACUUUAAUAUUUUUAAAUAAUGCUUUAAAAAAAGCUGCCCUCCCCAAAAAAUAAAUAAAUAAAAAAUUGCUGCAAAAUCCACAAAAGUUUGCAUUUGGAGUUGAAUCAAACACUGUGACAAACACAUAUGAGAUAUUUAUACAUGUAAGUGCAGUAUAGUUCAUGAGAUUUUUAAUGUUGAGGCCGACACACAAAACCUAGAUUCAGAUCCAAACUGUAGAUCAUGUCUCCCUCAGUCUUUUUAGACUUUACAAACUGACAACCAGCACAAAACUGGACUGAAAACAAGUUGGGUUUUUUUCUAAGAAAAGAUCGCCCUCUUUGCGUAGCCACUGUUGCCUCGACACACCAAAUAUUCAUAAAAAAGGAAGAAAUGUGAAUGAAACGUUUUACCUUAGGGUCCAAAAACUAAAUGAUGACACCAAACCCGAGGCAAAGAGUGACAAAAUAACCCGAGGGUAACGCAACACUUUAUCAGUUCUUACGUUGGAUUUUCAGUCGCUGGGGAGUGUGGAAUAAACUCAUGGGCCGCUGCAUGCAGGAAAUUGCAUUUGUCACAUGGUGGAUCUCUUUUUUAAAACUGGAGUAUUUAUACUCUCAGUGUUUACUUGAGUCUCUGGGAUGAACCAAAUAACUGAGAGUUUCCUGUUUAUUGUAUCCAAGCCAGGUUCGGCCGCGCUGUGGUAAAGUAAAGGAUUUGAUGUGUGUCUUGUCUUGAUUACAGUAUCUGUCUCAUUCAGACAUACAAUGCCCACCUGCCUUUGUAAAGAUCUUUAUAAAAUGUCCAUAAAGCUUUUGUGGACCCUCUGUAUAUUGUUUAUAGACACUCUGUGAUUGUGGAGCUGCUGACUCUGUUCUCAGUCCUGCUGGUGUUUUCUUUCUUGUCCUACAGGACUGAUUAUAUUAUCCCACCCCUUAUUCUAGUUUUCAGAUUGGUUAUUGUGUCUGUGGUGCUUUUUGUGCUGUGAUAAGCCGAUAUGAUGCCAACAAUGCUUUUAUCUUUUCUAUUUCUCUUGUAAUAAAUAAGCUUUUUCAUGCA